GAAAACAGAAAGAAAGGUCGUGACCUGGAAGCCCGGAUGUGAAUAACUAUUUUUGCUCGGGACUCUCUUCCUGUGCAUUUUGAGCGGUGUGGUUUCAUUCUGUUGGGCGCCUUUCAUGUUUGCAGGACGUUCACAUCUAAUAGAGCGAAUAUAUUUGUGCUUAAAACACGUGAAAAUUAACAAAUUAACUUUUAAGUUUGAAAAUGAGAUUCAAAACCCAAAGACCAGGGAGAAGGAUUCUCCGAGGGAAAAAUCGCGUGUGAGUUUAAGACAAAAGAGGUACUAAUACUUUUUAUUUAGUUUGAAAACACAAUUCCACUGACUCUGCUCUGAAGUGAAUUUUUUUGGCUGUCAGUGACAUAACUGGAGAAAAGAAUUCAAAAUGAUUCAAAACAUUACGGAAAGCGACCUCGUUCAGGAAUGGCAGGAAUACAUGGCGCAAAGGAACCUGCCACACGUGUCCCUCUUGUUGAUCUUUUUAAUAGUAGGAAUUGUGGGUAACACUACUGUGAUAUAUGUGUACGUUUUCAAAAUGAGACGAUGUCGUGAGGACAGGUUCUUUAUUCCCGCUCUGGCAGUCGCCGACCUGCUGGCGACCAUUGUGACGUGUUUGUAUCACAGCAUCAAGACUCUUGUUGUCAAGAGCGUCCAAUCGGACAUCCUCUGCAAAGUUCCAUUGUUUUUCAUGUGGAGCACUUCAACAGCUUCCGCAAUGUUGUUACUGAUGAUAGCAAUUCACCGUUUCAUAAAAGUGCGCCAACAACCCGGAGACAAACUAAGCUCCAAACUGAAAAAAGGCGCGAUUAUUCUGACUGUUGUAGUGUCCGUUGCAAUUAAUGUCCCCAUCCUGUAUUUCGCUGGAAUACGAAACUUCAAGACGCCAUAUAAAGGCUACAACGUUACUGUCAGUGCCUGUUUUACAGGGAACUCUGGUCACAAAUCUAUGGAACAAGCUUACCUGAUUUUUGUCUUUCUGGUCGCAGUUGGCAACAUCAUUGCAACUACAGGUCUUUACAUACCCAUUGGCUGCGUCAUAUAUAAACUCUCCAAACAAAACAAGAGUUUGGCGCGAGCAAGGUCUAGGAGCCGGGCGUUUUCUUUUGUGGCUGAGACUCAGAGCAGCAUCAGUGACAACAGUGACAAAGAAAAGAAAUUCCCCACCCUGAGCGAACUCGAUAAAGUCAGACUUAACCGUCAGGAAUCUCGCACACGGAACCGCACCAACUUCAACAUGAUGUUCGCCAUUUUGGUUCUGUUCUACGCUGUGUCGUACUUCCCGUCUUUCAUUUUCGUUUUCCUUAGCCGAGGAGAUCCGAACUACUACAACCGACUCUCUCCGGUUUUAUCUAAUGUCUACAUUACCUUACAGAGACUUUUCAUUGUUAAUCACAUUGUGAACCCGCUGGUGUACGGGUAUUUUGAUCUCAAAUUCAGAAACAAGCUAGCCAACAUUUGCUGCUUCAGAAAACUCAGGACAUACUGAAGUUUUUACAUGACUUCUAUUUUUUUUUAUCAUUAAUUUAUCUGAUUGCUGUAUAAUUUCAUGUUUCAGAUGCUUAUUUAUUUUAAAUUAAAUUUUAUCGUUAAAUAAAAUAUGACAAAACAG